CUUUUCUAAACUGAAAGCAGUCUCUCUUACGAGCUUUAAUCGUACGGUUGUUCCAAUGCCCGAGCUUCGCUUUAAAUUGUUUGCUUGCCUUUCUGCGGCUUUCUACUGCAAUCUUAGCAUUAUAGCUGGUAAUUAUGCGUGCAAAGAAAAUGACUAUUUUGGCUAUUGUAAGUUAUAUGAAAACUGCCCGACCCUACAGGAUACUCCAUUAACGAAGGACAUGCUAAACCCUAAGGAUUGUAGACACUCCAUACUAAGUGGUCCUGUUAUCUGUUGUCCACGAAGGAGACAUCAACAACGGCCUAAUAGAAGGCCAGCAAAAACAACGACAACUACAACAGAAAGGACAAGUCGGCGAUAUAUGCACAUUGCGUUUAAUAAAGAAACCAAUAUUGGGAAUUUAAAAAAUAUUCAUCCGGAAGGAUUAGCGCUACUAAACAAGCCCAAUUGCGGUAAAAUUAAUGAUGAUCGUGUAGCCAAUGGUAUUAGCGCUACUCAAGGGGAGUUUCCAUGGAUGGCCAUUUUACUUUAUACACGGAUGGGUGCAUUGUGCGGUGGUUCGGUCAUAACAGAACGCUUUGUCCUCACAGCGGCCCAUUGCAUUUCGAACGAUUUACAAGCUGUGCGCUUAGGCGAACACAGAAGAUCCACUAAAAACGACUGCAUACUCCACAUUUGCCAAACUCACGUGGACUUUGAAAUCGAUCCACACCAGAAACCCAUAAUUCAUCCCGAUUACAAGUCGUUAGAUUACCAUAAGGACAUUGCUCUGAUAAAGCUUAACAUGGACAUAGAUUUUAGACGUUACCAGCACAUAGCACCCAUUUGCUUGCCCAUGAAGUCAUCGGAUUCUUAUAUUUCUCCACACGAUAAUUUAGUAUUAGCUGGCUGGGGCCUCCAAGAACACGAUCGCUCUAUUGACGUACUUCAAAAAGGUCAGUUGAGACUUAAAGGGUUGGAUAUUUGCAAGAACUUAUACCCACGUUUUAGGAUUGACAAUUCGAAGCUUUGUAUUCAAGCUGGUGCUAACCAAACGGUGUCUUGUCGUGGAGAUUCUGGAGGUCCACUGUUUUGGAAAACCCCUUUCCUAAGUGGUAAUUUCAUCAAAAAACAUUACACACAAAUUGGUUUGGUAUCUCUGGGUUAUGGCAAGGAAUGUGGUGAUUUAACUAGCGAGCCUUUCAUGUAUGAAAACGUAACGGAUUCCAUGGCUUGGAUAACUCACAGUCUUUAUAAAGCACAUUUUCACAAUGAAAAUCCAUACAAUGCUCAACACUAUUUCUAUUCUAAUUUUAUGCAUUAUUAAUAUUCACACGGAUUCAAAUAAUGUAUUAUUUCAACAUUGUAAAAGUUAGCAUUGAAUUAAGAUUAA